GGAACUAACCUGAAAUUAUAUCUGAAAAGGAGGGAUGGGAAAAGCAUUCAAAAAGGAUUUUUGUAUACUUCACCGGAGAAAUGUACAAACAGCUGGGAGAGCAAGGAGGAGCUGCAUUGUGCAGCAGGAGUUUGUGGAGCAGAAUUUUGGGGUGCUGGAGUGGAUCUCAAUACCAACAUGAACCUUUUCUGUUUUUCUCUGGAGGGCUCAAUGGACAGCUUGUAUGAGCCUGUCCCAGAACGUCAAGAACCCAAAGAUACAACUACUGCUAACAGUCGGGCUAGCAGUCCAGUGGGCAUGCAUGUAAAUUGUGGACUACCUGACAGGUCUAUGUCUUUGGAAUUUCCUGACUUUGAGAACACAGUGACCAAAAAAAGAAAAUCCAUCCAGAAGUCCAUGUCUGAAAAUGAAGCAUUUGACAGGAAAAAUGUGAAUGGCACACUUUGGCAGGGUUCCAGGAAACAAGAGAGUGAUUCGUACAUCAGAAGGCACUGUCAGCUUGAAGAAGGUAAUAUGAUUGGUGAUGGGAUACAUUUGCUGCAAGGAAAGAAGACAGAAGAAACCACGUACCAGGUGAUAAACUAUGAGCAGUGGAUUCCACCACGAGUUCACAAUCCAGCUGUAGCUGGCAGUGGUGAAAUGGAAGGCAAACUAGUUCAGGAAAAAUCAGUAGAGGUUAGACUCUACUGUAACUAA